AUGCAACUUCAAGAGCAAUAUCAAGAAGAUUCAAAUUCAAUUACACAUAGUCCAUAUUAUGGUUGUACAAUACAAGCUAUUUCAAAAGCACAUAUUUCUUAUGAAGGAGUUCUUGAUGGUAUAAGUAUAAAUAAAGAUCGAAUAUUUUUAAAAAAUGUACGUGUCAAAGGAAAUAUAAUUAAUUCUUCUAAUCGAGAUAAGUCAAUUGAAGGAUUUGAUACAUUAAAUACUGUUAUGAUUGAUCAUUUGACUAAUGAUAUGCAUAUAUAUGAUGAAGUAUGUUUAAAUGUUCGUGAUAUACAAGAAUUAAAACUUAUUCGAUUACCAUCAACAUUUCAUGAAUCUCAAGCUAAAUUACGUGCUAUUGAUCCAUGUCUUGUUGAUAUAUGUCUUUCAUCAUCUGAUAAACAUGAUGGAAGGUCAAAUGAAUCAAUGAAAAGAUAUCAUCAAUCAACACCAAUAGCUCGUUAUUUAGGUGGUAAAUCAAUUGGAAGUAAUGGUAGUAGUGCAGUGAUUUCAUCAAGUUCAAAUGAAUCAUCAUUAUCAUUCGAUUAUUUACCUACUAAUAAAACUCUUGAUGAUUCAUUUAAUGAACAAAUAAAAAAACUCAAUGAACUUUCAACAACAACAACACAUGUUACACCAAAACCAGUUACAUUACUUACGAAAAAAGUUUUACCAAAAAAAAUUGAACGAAAUAAUCUUCGUUCAGUAUUAACACAAAAUCAUGAAAAUAAAUUUUCAUCAACAACAGAAAUUAAUAAUACAAAUAUAAUAAAAAAAUCAACUAUAGAUAAUCAUCGUAAAAUAUCACCUAUACGUGUAACAAUUACAAGUAAAUUAAAUCCAAAUGCAACUCCAUUUUAUGCUCAACAAUAUUCAACACCUACUACUCAAAAUUCAUCAUCUACAUUCUAUGAACAAAAUCAAAUUCAAUCAAAUGUUCGACCUAUUAUUUUACCUAAUCGUUCACAAUCAAUACCACAUGAAAUCAAUAUAAUCAAUCGUCCUAUUCAUCAACAACAACAAAAUCAACGUCGUUCUUAUCAACGAUUUAUUCCACCACGACAAAUGGCAAUAAAAAAACAAUUCAAUAUUCAACCAACAACUAAUUCAAAUACUUAUUUAUCAUCAUAUUUAGAUAGACGAUCUCAUCUUAAACAACAAUCUAAACAUAAAAAAUCAAAUCAUGAACAAAUAUCAGGAUCAAUUCAUCAAAUAUCAUCAACAGCAAUGGAUCAGAUAUUAUCAACACCACCUAUACGAGAACGUUUAUCAGUACCAAUUAAUAAGCGACCACGUCAAUCACCUGUUAUUCUACGUUCGACUGGUAGUCUACCUUAUCAAAAUAGAAAUUCAGGAGACCGUAACCAAUUACACAUACCAUUAUCAUUUGGAGAACCGAUAGGCUCUCAUCGUAGUCAACGUACUACUUCUGGUACAAGUAGUGGUAGUAGUUUAAGUACUGAUAUAGGUCCUCAUUCAAUAGUUCAAUUAGAUUCAACAUCAAGUGCUUUAACAUCUAAUGAAGGUCAAUAUGAUUUUGAAAAAGCUAAUGAAGAAUUUCGUCGUUAUUUAGCAUUGGAAGAAUUAGUUAGUCGACGUUUAUCAUCAACUUGUUCAAUAGGAUCUCAUCCAGAUGAUGAUUUAAAUCAACAACAACAACAACAACAAGAAUCUCAAACACAUUCAUAUAAAAAAGAAAUGUCUUUUUUUGAUCGUAUAUCAUGUACAGCUACAACAGGUACAGCUGUAGCUUAUGCUGAAAUGGAUGAAGUUGAAAAAAAUCUUGAAACAUUUGGUGAUGAUGCUCUUCUUAUCAGUUCGGAUUCAAAUAAUAAUGAAUGGCUUAUCUAA